UCACGUUGUUGUUCUCGCCUCUCGCCUCUUAAUUUGACUUCCAAGUUUCAUUUAGCUUAGUAACAUAUGAUUUUAGAUAGAGUAGAGACGUAUGUAUAUAACAGACUAUUUAUCGUACAUAAUAAAAAAACAGUUGUCUGUUAGCAUUGUGCAUCUUUUAUACUUUUUUGUGAAAUUGUAGUGUGGUGUUCAGCAGUGAGGAUUUUAAUUCUGCAUAUUAUUAGGGUUUCCAUCAAGAUGGCCAGACUCCGAUGACGUCAGGCACGAAGAUGGAGUCGAAGGGAACUCAGAUCCACCUGCCGCUGAUAGGACGCGGCAGUCGCGGGGAGAUCAAUGAUAAAGUUACGUUCUCGCAGGUCAAGUCGCCAGAGCAGCUCAACAAUGGACAAGUCUUAGGCGGCUCACAAAUGAAUCUUUGCAACGGUGGUGCAGGCAUGGCUCUCGUGCCGAAGAUACCCAAUGGAUCCGCCUGCCAGAAGAAACCGAUGGCGACCCUCACACAUCUGCCCAAGCGUCCCCCCGUCGAUAUAGAGUUCUCGGAGCUCUCGUACUCAGUGAGUGAAGGGAGGAAGCGCGGGUACAAGACGCUGCUGAAGUGCAUCAAUGGAACCUUCAGGUCCAGCGACCUCACUGCGAUUAUGGGGCCUUCUGGUGCAGGGAAGAGUACGUUGAUGAAUAUUCUGGCCGGAUACAAAACGUCAAACGUCAGCGGAUCUAUUCUGAUAAACGGCAAGGAGAGGAACCUGCGUCGCUUCAGGAAACUCUCCUGCUACAUAAUGCAGGACGACUGUCUCUUACCGCACCUCACCGUACGCGAGGCAAUGACAGUCUCCGCCAACCUGAAACUUGGCAAAGACAUGCCACCCGCAGCAAAGAAGAUUGUCAUCGACGAAAUCCUAGAAAUGUUAGGCCUAUCAGACUCCGGCGAAACCAGGACGAUCAAUCUUUCUGGCGGACAGAAAAAACGACUCUCUAUAGCCUUAGAGCUGGUUAACAACCCUCCAGUGAUGUUUUUCGAUGAGCCGACUUCAGGCUUGGAUAGUUCUGCAUGUUUCCAGUGUAUUUCCUUGUUGAAAUCUCUGGCAAGAGGGGGCAGGACAAUUAUCUGCACGAUACAUCAGCCGUCUGCGAGAUUGUUCGAGAUGUUUGACUUCUUGUAUACGUUGGCGGAAGGACAGUGCAUAUACCAGGGACCUGUCAGAGAACUGGUGCCGUUUUUAUCCACACUGGGAUUGCAUUGUCCGAGCUAUCACAAUCCUGCGGAUUAUGUUAUGGAAGUAGCAACGGGUGAACAUGGCGAGUGGGUCCACAAGCUGGUGCUGGCGGUGAACAAGAGCUACACGGAGCGGGGGCAGACCAGCUCCUCAUCAUCAUCGGCCUCUUCAGUGCCCCAGAACUGCCACUACAACAACCAGACUAAGAAUAACAUUAAGAAGGAGGCCCUGGAAGUGGUUAUUGACAAACCGACGUGUACUGUGAUCGAUGUAUCAGAACCGACAACGACCGAGAAGCAACCGAUUACCAACACUAACAACCUGGCUCCCGUUACCUGCACCACCUCUCUCCUCGACUCCAACGAGAGUUUCAACAAGAAGCCACUGAAGGCCGGCUUCCCGACUUCCGGCUGGAAGCAAUUCUGGAUCUUAUUGAAGCGGACCUUCAAGAGCAUCUUACGAGAUCCGACGUUGACGCACUUGAGGCUGUUCUCGCAUACAGUCGUCGGAUUGCUCAUCGGGUUCCUGUACUACGAUAUCGGCACAGACGCAGCGAAGGUUAUGAGUAACGCGGGCUGUAUAUUCUUUACUGUGAUGUUCACUAUGUUUACUGCCAUGAUGCCUACUAUACUGACAUUCCCCACGGAGAUGAGUGUGUUCGUCCGAGAACAUCUCAACUACUGGUACUCGCUGAAGGCGUUCUACUUCGCGAAGACAAUCGCGGACCUACCGUUUCAGAUCGUAUUCAGCGGCGUGUACGUGGUGAUAGUGUACUUCAUGACGAGUCAACCGCUGCAAAUGGACCGCUUGUUGAUGUUUACCACCGUCAACAUACUGACGGCGCUAGUGGCGCAAUCCCUCGGCCUUCUCAUCGGAGCCGCCAUGAAAAUAGAAACUGGAGUAUACCUCGGACCCGUAACCACAAUACCUAUUGUACUAUUCUCAGGAUUCUUUGUCAAUUUCAAUGCAAUACCUGAUUACUUACAAUGGUUGACGUACCUUAGUUAUAUAAGGUACGGUUUCGAGGGCGCCAUGUUGGCUGUCUACGGCUACGAUAGAGAAAAAUUGAAGUGCUCCGAAGCGUACUGUCACUUCCGAACGCCGAGUUUGUUCUUGAAAGAGAUGAGCAUGGAUAAAGCCAAUUUCUGGAUCGACGUCGGCGCACUGAGCGCGUUCUUUAUAUUCAUUAGAGUAAUCUCCUAUCUAGUUCUAAGGUUCAAACUAAAGAUGCUGCAAUAGAGCACAAAGCUUCCGGCAACACUCUGCUGUGACGUUGACAGGUGACAGCUGUCAGUAUAUUAAACAGCGCAAAUCGCAUUCGUUAGUUCGAUAGUUUUAGAAAUAACUAGCUUGAUAGUUUCGACGUAGUCGGAGUUUAUACAUAAGGUAGGUAAGUUAGGGUGUGAUCGGGCCAAUGACUUAACAUUUAAGUUACUUAAAUGAUAUUAUUUUUCAAUUAAUCCUAACGGGUUAGUUAUUGGUUCGGCGUCUGUCAAAAUUACGUCAAGUAAUAUAUUAUUAUGUAUUUAGAGAUUGUUAUCUUACAAAUAAUUUUGUAUCAUCUCUUAUUUUAAAUUACACAUUGUUUUAUACUAACCAACAUUGUUUAAGUGUUUGAGACCGCAAUACAAAUAUAAGUAGUACAAAUGAAUUGUAAUGGUAACCUGUAUGCAAUAUGCAACAUGAUAAUUUAGAUUUAAGGUUUUAGAUCAUUGUAAAAGUUUUAGACCCCAGCAAGGUUCUCCAGUGGUGGUGUUGAAUGUAUUGAAAUACUUCGUACAACUGUGUAUUAAUUCUGUUCACCAGUGGGAGGCUCCUUUGCACAUGAUGCCGGCUAGAAUAUGGGUACCACAACGGCGCCUAUUUCUACUAUGAAGCAGUAAUGUGUAAGCAUUACUGUGUUCUGAAGGGCGCCGUAGCUAGUGAAAUUACUGGGCAAAUGAGACUUAACAUCUUAUGUCUCAAGGUGACGAGCGCAAUUGUAGUGCCGCCCACAGUUGGGGUAUGGGUUUUUCAAGAAUCCUGAAAGUCACUGCAUUGUAAUGGGCAGGACGUAUCAAUUACCAUCAGAUAAACGCAAUGCAUUCCGUUCACCACUCAAGAACUUUACUAAUAAGGAUUAUAGUAGGUGCCCGCUGGCGGGGUUUUACAGUGAAGACAAAUAAUAAGGCAAGAUAUAGAUUAUAGAGUACUUAAACAAAACUAUUUCAACAAUUAUGUUUGAGUUUUGCUAGAAGCCUAAAGUGCCGCUUCCAGUGAAUAAUUUCAAGUAGGAGAUCUCUUUUAGCUUGAAAAUCACGUACUGUUUAAGUAAAACCUCGAUAUGAGCUCUUAAGUUCACAAUUUAUCUUCAACUGCCACCAUCACGAUAAUAUUUUAGAUUUUAAUAUUUAGUUUAGUAAUCAUAAAAUCGAGUUAUUUUCAUUGAGCCUCUGUCAAGUCAUAUUACUAUUAAACAUCCCAGUAAUAGUUAUUCAAUGAUAUUAUUAUUAUUUUCUGGGAAAACCAUUAAGUAAGGUAGCAUUCUUGUAAGUAAUAUUUUAACUAAUAGAAAUCAUUAUAUUCAUGUAAUAUAAAUAGAAUAUAGUAUAGAUUUUAGCAUAAACCAGUCUUGAAAAUGGUAUUCAAUAUGUUAUUAACCAGAUACACGUAAGCAGAAUAUUAAGUUGAUCCAAUAAAUCUUGUUUCACUCAACUUUAACAUAAGUUUAUUGGCAGGAUUGGUUACAACAUACAAUAAUAUGAAAGUUAGUUUUGUACCAAAUGAAAGCGCCACGGCGAUGUACAUUGAAACUAUUUUGAUAUUUUAUUGCAAAUGGCCGUUGAAUUGUUAAUAUUGUUAGAAUUUUUCUUAAUAUGUUUGUCGAAUCUAUUUUGAUGAAUGGUAAUACAUUGACGGACUUAUAAAUAAACUUGGUAUAAAGUUAUACCUAAGAAUAAAACAAGAAUAUGCAAAAUGUUUACAAAUAGGCAUUUUGCUUAUGAUUGGUUUACUCGGACGUAUAAAGUUUCCCGCGUUUAUUUGCAAGGCUGCUUGACAUUCGGAAAAAUUCAGAAGCAGUAUCUUUUUUUUUAUUUAUUUCGUGGCACGGGUUGCAAGUCCAUAGGCCAAAUCAGUAUUGUAUUGACAGCAAUAUAGUCAACAUUUUGCAGUUGACUUGUCAAACUCUGGCUCGAGUUUGAAGACGAAAAUUGGCGGAAUUAACACUCAAAAAAACUCAAAACAAUUGGAUAUUGAUAUAAGUUUGAAGUACGCUCACAUUACAGCUAAUAGCCUUUUUAAGACUGGGAGUUAAAAUAAAAAUAUUGUGAUAUCUUUCAAACCUUAACCCUGUGAUUGUUUAAUUAUGACAUCUUAUUUAGUAUAUUAAAACUAGAGCAUAUGAUAUUGGAAAUUCAAAAAAAUCUUGUUUUUAUUAGUUUUACCUUUGCACAGGAUGCCGGCUAGAUUAUGGGUACCACAACGGCGCCUUUUUCUGCCGUGAAGCAGUAAUGUGUAAGCAUUACUGUGUUUCGGUCUGAAGGGCGCCGUAGCUAGUGAAACUACUGGGAAAAUGAGAAUUAACAUCUUAUGUCUCAUGGUGACGGCGCAGUUGUAGUGCCGCUCAGAAUUUUUGGGGUUUUUCAAGAUUCCUAAGCGGCACUGCAUUGUUAUGGGCAGGUCGUAUCAAUUACCAUCAGCUGAACGUCCUACUUGACUUGUCCCUUAUUUUCAUAAAUAAAGUUUCCAAUAAUAAUUAUGGCAGCAUUUACAAUAAUUGCUUUAUUAUAGAUUUUUUGUGAAUAUUUCAUUGAAAUUAAUAAAACACAUUCAUUAAUUUUAUGACAAAGCAGUUUGUCUGAAUUGUUUGUAUGUACUGUGUGAACAUUGUGCAAUUUUAGAUGUAUAGUAAUGUUUUUUUUUUCAUUUUUUUCUGUGAUAUAACGAAGUAUAAUUUACUCGCCGUGGAAAAUAAUAUAUAAAUAUUGAUUUAUUUUUAAUUUUUAACUUUUAAUAUAUAUAAUUACUAAUAAUCGUAAGUAAAUUUUUUUUAAUGAAACUUAACUUUCAUAGUGUGAAAUAGUCAUUUUUAUGCUGUGAAGUCUGACUGUGACAGUUGUAAAAACGUCGAGAAAAAUUGAGGUUCACAGUUAACCUCUAUAUUGAGCAACGCACUCACACUAACACAAAGUAGCAUCUUGGGAGGCUUCUUUGCACAGAAUGCCGGGUAGAUUUAGGGUACCACAACGCCACCUAUCUUUGCCGUGAAGCAGUAAUGUGUUAACAUUACUGUGUCUGAAGGGAGCCGUAGCUAGCGAUAUUACUGGGCAAAUAAGACUUAACAUCUUAUGUCUCAAAGUGACGAGCGCUAUUGUACUGAUGCUCAGAAUUUUUGGGCUUUUCAAGAAUCCUGAGCGGUACUGCAUUGUAAUCGGCAGGGCGUUUCAAUUACCAUCAGCUGAACGUCCUGCUCGUCUCGUCCCGUAUUAUCAUAAAAUAAAUCGAGUGUACGACGUAGCUUGUCACGCACGCUUAGGUAAUAAACCUGGCCUAUUUUCAUCGGUUGUCUAGCUGCAAGAGGCUCUAUCUACAGUAGACGUAUAAAUUAUCUAAGAUAUUUUAUACUUACAGUAGAAACUAUGCAAAGAAAACCUUCUCAUUUUUUUUUAUAUUUACUUGUGGACAUAUUUCACCUAUCACACAGUCCAAUGAAUAUUCUUAAUAUAUGAGCAGAGAUAUAUAGAAUACUACACAUCGUACCGUCAUUAUUUUAUUCAGUACUUAUUAUUUUAAAGUAUUUUUUUUUAUUAUGUAGUUGCAUUAGAUGUGUGUAUGUAAUUUUGACAGACAUAUUAUGUAAGCGUAAAUAUAUUUUUUGGGUCUAUUAUGAUAUUCCACUGUUAAAAACGUAACCCGCCAUUUUGGAUUUCAAUGACAUUGACAUAUGACACACUUAAACCUAUAUUCUGACAGUUACAUCGCUACGUACAGGCCCCUCGGUUUUAAUAAAAUAGUUAAAAAUUACGCUACAUCUUUCAUAGUUCUAUAAGCGGUAUAUUAAAUUUCAAGUAUUUAUUAAUUAACAAUAAACGACUGUGAUUUUUAUAAGGAA